UCCGCGUGACCAUCGUCUCUCUUUUCAUCCUCCUCAUGUCCUCACAGGCUUUUCUCUCUCUCUCUCUUAUCAUCGUUGAUUGUGUUUUUGAUUCCGCCAACAAACCCUUUUUCUGUAUCGUUUUUUGUGUCAGAGGCACUUCGAUUUUCCCUCUCCAUCUUCCUUUUUCCUUUCCCACCAAGCAACCCUCCUCUCUGUCAUGUUCUCUGCUUCUCACCCCUGUUUCAAAGCUCUCUAGGGUUCUGCUCCGAUCAAAAUCUUGUUCGUAAAUGCCUCCGACCACCGCUGGACCGCCCAUUCCACCGCUGCCGUCCAACUCCUCCUCCCAGGCACUUCUCGACCUCAUCAUUCAGAUUGUUUCGCUUCUACUACUUUCAUCCCUCAAUGUCCGGUCCUUCGUCGGGCGGUGGCAGGUUCUCCAUUCGAAGCUCUCAACUCUUCACUCUGCUCUCGUUGAAAUCUUGGAUUCCCCUUACUGGUCGGAGAAUCCACUUGUUCAAACCAUUCUCCCGUCGCUCCUCUCGACGCUUCAGCGGCUGAAGUCCUUGUCUGACCAAUGCUCCGAUUCUGCCUUCUCCGGCGGGAAGCUUCAUAUGCAGAGUGAUUUGGAUAUGGUGUCUGCUUCUCUGUCUAGCCAGCUCAACGACCUCGAUUUGUUGCUUAGAUCUGGGGUUCUUUACCAAUCCAACGCGCUAGUGCUUUCUCAGCCGGUUCCGGGUUCGAAUAAUGACGAUACGGAGUUUUUCAUCAGGGAUCUCUUCACGCGGUUGCAAAUCGGAGGGAUGGAGUUUAAGAAGAAGGCUCUGGAAUCUCUGGUUCAGCUUUUGAACCAGGACGAGAAAUCUGCUAGGUUAGUUGCCAAAGAGGGAAACGUUGGGUAUCUGAUUCAUUUGCUCGAUUUCAACGCUCAUCCGUCUGUGCGAGAGAUUGCGGCUUCUGCGGUUUCCGUUCUCUCCACGGCCAGCGAUGAAUCGAGGAGAAGAGUGUUCGAAGAAGGAGGAUUAGGCCCAUUGUUGAGGAUUCUCGAAACAGGAUCAAUACAUCUAAAGGAAAAAGCCGCCGCCGCGGUCGAAGCCAUCACCGUCGACCCUGAAAACGCUUGGGCCGUUUCCGCUUAUGGAGGCGUGCCAGUCUUAAUUGAGGCCUGCCGAUCAGGCACCCCUCCGCUGCAGGCUUCAGCGGUCGGUGCGAUUAGAAAUGUCACGGCGGUGGAAGAUAUCAAAACCUCUCUCGUCGAGGAAGGGGCGAUUCCAGUAUUGUUACAGUUUCUAAUUUCGAGCACAACCGCCACACAGGAGAAGGCAUCAAUGUCCAUAGCAGUAUUAGCCGCCUCCGGUGAGUAUUUCCGAUCACUGAUAAUCCAAGAACUAGGGUUACAAAAAUUAUUACAUUUGAUCCAUGACUCACCGAGUUCGGAUACGAUCGCAAACGCGUUGCGAGCCCUUAUCUCGCUUGCGGUUUCCGAUUCCGUCGCUCGGAUUCUAUCAUCUUCAACAUUAUUUGUAAUGAAACUCGGCGAAUUAGUGAAGCACGGAAACUUAGUGCUGCAGCAAAUCGCCGCCUCUCUGAUUGCCAAUUUAUCAAUCAGCGAUGGAAACAAGAGAGCGAUUGGAAGUUGUAUGGGUUCGUUGGUGAAACUAAUGGAGAUGCCGAAGCCGGCUGGAGUUCAGGAGGUGGCGGUGGGAGCCCUAGCAUCUCUAUUGACCGUCCGAUCAAAUCGGAAAGAGUUAAUGAAGGACGAGAAGAGCGUGAUGAGAUUGAUGCAAAUGCUCGAUCCAAAAAACGAGGUCGUCAACAAGACAUUCCCGCUAGCCAUCAUCACGGCUGUACUCGCCGGCGGAAGCAACGGCUGCCGGAAAAGACUAAUCGACGCCGGAGCUUACCAGCACCUGCAGAAUCUCACGAACAAGGACAUCGCCGGAGCUAAAAAGACCCUGCAGCGACUCAACGGCAAUCGGCUGAGAAGCAUCUUCAGCAGGACCUGGAGGGAAUAACCGCGAAAGGAACUAACCCCCGCCGUAAAAGGUAUCUGCAGGAGUUCGUUUGGAUUUUUCUAACUGCUGAAGACAGAGGGAAAAAAAAAAAGGUUACAACAUCAACAACAUAUGACCAACCCAACCGUUAGUAUAUUGUCGUUUUUUCUUUUUUUAAUUAAUUAAUUUCUUUUUUUGUAAGUUUUAGAAGAAAAAAAAGGGAAAAAAAUUGGAAGAAAGAAGCAUGGAUGCGGGUUUUAGGGAGUAUCCUGGUAUGCUUUUUCCUGAUAUUAUUAUAAUUUAAUGUCACUGAUGAGGAAUUUAAGUGAGGUUUCUCAUUCCCAUGAUUGUCGUUUUGUUUGAUUGUGUAAAUUUCAAGUGGGUUUCUUCAUUUUACUAUUUAUUGAAGAAGAAAAAGAAAGAAAUUUAUGUUUCAUUUU